CCAUGAAAGAGUAAUUCUAUUUUGGAUAAUUCAAAAAUUCAAUUUCAUAUGUAUUGUUAUAUAUAUGUGCAUAUUUAAAGAAAGUUUUAAGAUAUUUGAAUCAAAAGCUGAUUUCAGUAAUUUCAUUGGAUUGUGGUAUGUAAUGAUAAAAUAAUGUUCAGCAGUAUUAGAAUCCAGAAGUGUUAAUGAUCAAUGUACUUAUAUUGCAUCACUAAUUUGAUAUAUGCAUGGUUGAAGUUACAGGAGAUCCUAAUUAAUUACUAAAAUAAAAAAAAUAAAAAAAAUUACCUUAACUUUGCUAUCUACUCUUAUAUGCAUGUUUGGUAAAUGUAUAUGUAAAUUAUCAGAGAGAGUGCUAAGUGUUUGUGUAAAAUAAUGUAGAUCUCAAUAACAUUAAAAUAGAAAUAGCAGAUUGUAAGGUAAUGCAACAUAAGUAACUAUAUUUCUUCAUCCAUGUCAAAGCUUAAAGGUAGAUCUAACAUUGGUAUGGCAACUUCUCUAGCUUCUGCUCUGCCCACAUUUAGUGGCAACUUAUCUGAAAAUGUAAAUUUCUUUCUUGAUCAAAUAAAUAGUGUUGCUAAAUUAGAAAAAUGGUCAGAUGAAAAGAAAAUAAUCAUUCUGAAAAUAAACUGUAGGGAUAAAGCUCUAGAUUUCCUAAUUAAUGAUCCAAGAGUGGCUAAGGAAAAUAAAUUUGAAAAUUUAGAAAAAUUAUUAAAGAAUAAAUUUGCACGAGUUGAAUCCUUUCAGGACAUUCUACAGCAAUUCUCAAACAUUUCUCAAAAGUGUAACCAAUCUGUUAGGGAAUUAGCUGACGAGAUUACUACAACAGCGACAAAAUACAUAAAUGAAGAUUCGGUUGAGGAUUCUAGUUUACAUAAAUUAAAAGAGAAAAUGAAGCUCACUAAAUUUCUUGAGGCCCUCAGAACAGACAUUAGGAUUGAAGUUAAGAAAUUGGGUCCAUCUUCCUUUGAUAAGGCUGUAGAAUUGGCAAGUAAUAUAGAAAAUGCAUUGAAUGAUGAGAAAACAUAUUUGAACAGUAUAAAUGUUGAGCAAAAUUUAGAGAUUAAUAAUCUUCUCAAAGAAAGACUUGAACAGAAUACAAAAUAAGCCUAUAAACACAUCUUAUACAAGAAUAAAUCACAAUGCUUCUACAUCUCAAAAUUCUAGCAACUUUAAUAGUGUAUCUUGUCAUAUAUGUAGCAAAAGACACUUAACAACAGAUUGUUGGUAUUUUCCUAGGCAAGACCAGCAUAAUUUUAGAAACAACACAUUCAGGGGACACAGACAAUUUCGAAACACUUGGCGGAGGAACUAUCAUCCUUACAGAAAUAAUAGUCAAUACAAAAAAGGUCAGAAUAAGCAUUUAAACUAGCUAAGGAUUCUUGCCAGAUAUAUUACAACAAAAAUUUUAGACCCCUUGCA